AUGGAUAAGGAGUGGAUGUCUGCCAAUCACCUAUCUAAAGAAUAUUGGGAUGGGGUGGCAGAAUUUGUUAAGUUUGCUGUAAACAAUGCAAAAAAUCAUGAGCGAAUUGUUUGUCCUUGUUUAAGUUGUGGUAAUGUGAAGUCAAUUUCUCCUGAGACAUGCGAACUUCACUUGUUUAAGUAUAGAAUUAAUCAAAGUUACAAGUGUUGGGUAAAGCAUGGGGAGACACCUGAAGAUGUGAAUAACAGUAGCCGAGGGUAUAUAGAAAGUUGUUCAUCACCAUCAUCUUUUGACACAAAUGCAAAUGAGGCCGUUUGUCUUGAAGAAUUAGUUGAUGUGAUAGAAGAGGAACUCGAGAAUUUUCUAGAGAAGUUCGAAAGGUUGAAAACUGAUGCGGAGACACCUUUGUAUGAGGGUUGUAUUGAGUUCACUUUAUUGUCCACUGUAUUAGAAUUGUACAACUUGAAAGCAACAAGUAGGUGGAGUGAUACAAGUUUUUCAAGCUUGCUUUCUCUAAUCAAACUAAUGCUACUGAAGAAUAAUAAGCUUUCGGAUAGGCUAUAUGAUGUAAAGAAGAAUGAAUAUGAAGAGCUAACCCACUGUCCUAAGUGUGAGACAUCACGUUAUAAGCAAAAUGGGAAGAGUGCGAAGAAGGCAAUAUGGUAUUUUCCUAUUAUUCCAAGAUUUAGGCGUUUGUAUAGCAUACGUCAAGAGGCAAAGAAUUUAAUAUGGCAUGCAAAUGAAAGGAUUAAAGAUGAUAAGAUUCAGCAUCCAGCUGAUUCUCCUGAAUGGAUAAGGUUUGAUCGGAAGUACCCUGAGUUCGGAAAAGAAGAUAGGAACCUACGCCUCGCAUUAUCUACUGAUGGGAUGAACCCACAUGGUAUGCAGAGCAGUACCUAUAGUACAUGGCCUGUGAUGAUGGUCAUUUAUAACCUUCCUCCCUGGCUUUGCAUGAAGCGAAAGUAUAUGAUGCUAUCCUUGCUAAUAUCAGGGCCCAAGCAACCCGGAAAUGACAUAGAUGUUUACUUAGAACCAUUGAUUGCAGACUUGAAGUUGUUGUGGGAGAUAGGUGUAGAGGUAUAUGAUGCCUACAAAGAAGAGAUAUUCAAUUUGAGAGCCAUGCUUUUUGGUACAAUCAAUGACUUUCCAGCGUAUGGUAAUCUAUCAGGGUAUAGUAUUAAAGGACAACUCGGAUGCCCCAUUUGUGAAGAGGAAACACGUUCAAUGAGAUUGCAACAUGGAAGGACGAAGGAUGGCAUCAAUGCAAGGUUAGACAUGGUUGAAAUGGGCAUAAGAGAAGAAUUGGCACCGCAGGAGAAGGGAACUCGCACAUUUCUUCAAGCAGCAACUCACACACUGUCUAGAAAAGAAAAGAAAAGUUUAUGUGAGUUUCUUGCUACAAUCAAGGUUCCAUAUGGCUACUCUUCAAAUGUUAGAAACUUUGUCUCAAUGAAGGACCUAAAGUUAAAAGAGAAUUCAAGGAAUGUUGAUGAUGAAGCUACAGAACGGACAACAGGAAGAAAAAUUGUCACUAUCUCAAGUGACCAAUGGGAAAAAGUACACCUUUUUGUGCUGUACAACUCUCUAGAGAUUGAUGAGUAUGCAAAAAUUCAUAAGGCAGAGCUAAAAAGGCAGCACCAUCAUCGAUUAGAGAGUUGGAUCAUCAAACUGCACAAUAAACAGUUCAUUCGCUGA